AUGCCCGAUCCGGCCUUCUCGCUCCUGCUCUCGCUGCCCCGCGAGCUCCGCGACAAGGUGUACACGUUUGCGCUUGUCUCGCAGUUUCCCUUCUGGUGGCCCUCGCCCACGACGCCCAAGCACAAUGUCGCCUUGGGCUUGCUCUCCGUGUCGCGCCAGGUGCACGAGGAAGCGGCGCCCGUCUUCUACGCGCAGAACAAGUUCCUAUUCACGAACCCCAGCGAUUGCACCAUGUUCCGUGUCGUCGCCUCGCCCUACGCGGAGAACAUCACCUCGGUGUACUUCCGGAUACGGGAGAAGGACGUGAAGUUGUGGGCGACCUAUCUCGGCAGCAAGGACCCGUCGCGCAGCAUGAAGCACGACCUGCCCAAGCUGAAGAGCCUGUGGAUUUUUCUGCGCUGCGGCAUGAUGGGCACACCAGGCGCUAUACACCAGGCCCUAGGAACGCAUUUGCCGCAGCAGGUCCACAUCAACAUGCAGGUGCUGCAGCAGGCCAUGCACCAAGCCCAUGCAGGCGCGCACGCCCAGCCGAUUGCGAACGUCCCUGCCAACGGACAAGCGCCGAUGCCUUUUGUGCAGUUUGCGCAGAAUGCCCUCCAGCACCACCAGCAGAACCAGAACACGGCAGCACCGCAUCCCCACGGCCUGCAGAACAACCCGCCAGCAAAUCUGUCGCCUCUGGCCGCCCUUGCUGCUCAGCAGCAGUCGCAACCGCCGCAGAACCCGCCGCAGCAACAGCAACAUCCCACUCAUGCGCAUGGUCACGGCCACGGCCACCACCAGCACGGCUUCUUCACAACCUUUAUGCGCUGGGAGCGCGAGAUGGGACUCGAGAACUUGUGUCUGUCGCUCCAGGAGACUCGCCCCGCGGAAGCUGACGUCAAGAUUGUGUGCAUUGUGAAGCUGCCUAGGCCUGAGCUCCAGAGGCUGGUGCGAGUGUAUGCCGAGGAGCUGAGUCUGGACAAGAACGGGGACGCCCGGACCAAGUUCCGCCGGGUGCAUGGUGUGGACGUGAGCUUGGAGGUCAGUGGAUAUGACAUUGGCGUCUAA